AAACCAUUUCCGCUCAGUUUGCCAAAACCACCAACCCGGAAGCACAAAAACCGCCCUCUCCUCCUCUCGUCGCCACUGCUCCCCAAUCCACCCGACUCCGGCGAUCUCCCAUGGCGGCAGCGGCGACGGCCACGAGGCGGCCGAGCGGGCACGUCCUCUCCGCCGCGCACUACCGCUCCGCCUCCCCGACGCGCGUCAAGCUCGCCGGCGGCGGAGCACGCGCGUCCGUCAGCGUCUCGUCCGUGAGCCGCCGCUCCUGCAUGUGCUCGCCGACCAACCACCCGGGGUCGUUCCGGUGCAGCCUCCACAAGGAGCAGAAGCGGAGCGUUCACCACAAGGCGGCGGCGGCGCCAUCCUCCCCGCCGUCGCCGACCAGCCCGCCGGCCUCGGGCGGCGCCGUCAGGCUUGGCGGCGCGAGGCGGAUGGGCGGCAGCGCGCUGGUGCGGAUCGGCGCCGUGGAGAGCGGCCAGUGGGCGCGGAGGGCUCUCGCCGCCACCAUCCGCCCCUCCCCCGCCGCGCAGCAGGCGCAGCACCGGAGACGCGUCGCCGGGCUCCGCCCCCGCCCCAGCCGCCUCUCCGCCGUCUCCAUGGCCGGCGACCGCGCCGGCGACAACCACCACCACCACCGAUAAACCCCAAUUCGCCGACAUCUCAACCAAUUGAGACACAUACUAGUAGCAUAGUAGUAGUACAUAGGAAUUAUUACAUAUAGAAAUUUUUUUUUCUGUAGUGUAUAGUGAUGUGAGAAGUGAGAUUAAGCUGAACAUGGAGUUUUGGAUCCGUGUGCUGCUUGUACAUUCAUUCUGAAAUCUGCCCAUGGUUUUGGAUUAAAUCCAUUAAUCCUUAUGCCUUUCAUGAUAAGAAGAGAAGAAAAAAUUGGAGAUAGUACGUGUCUCCGGAUUACGCACACA